CAUAACCGCGUGGUAGUGGCCGGGUAUCAGUCUCAUCGGAUGUGUGCUGUCAGCCGUCCGCGCGUUUAACUCAGUGGUUCUAAUUGGUACUGGAUUAUUGUUUUCAUUUUAAAAACGAAUGGAACAUUUUCGAGUGGAACAUUUAAAUUUCUAGUGCAACAAUUGGUGAAUAUUUUGAUAUGUUUAAUAAAUAACAAUUAAUGUAGAUAAUAAAAGUGACAAAUAAGGAGUUCCAUUUCAUAACAAGAUUAUAAAUGUGCUACAACUGAUAUAUUCUAUUUGUGCAAGUUGCAACGAUAGUGUUACAGGCUGUUUGGAACAGAGAAGAAACAAUAGAAAGAAUCGAAAGUAAGAUGACUAUACAAAUUAAUGAUGAAGCAAAGAAAAUCAGUCGAUGGAGAGUUGUAUCAUCUCAGGUGUUAGCAUGUUUGUCGCUAGAUUUUCUACUUGUGGGGCUGGGAAUGUCGAUGAGCUUCGUCACCAUGGUUUUGCCUGAAGUACUGGAUGCAAAGGAAGGUCUCUCUAUCAACAAGAAGCAGGCCUCUUGGUUUGGAAGUAUGGCGUUUUUAUGUCAACCUUUGGGCAGUAUAUUUUCGGGACCUCUUUUGGACUACUUCGGGCGAAAAAAGGCUUUAUUCCUAGUAAAUAUACCGCAUUUAAUAGCUUGGCUGCUGAUGUACUACGCAUGGAAUGUACCUUCCUUGUUUGUUGGUAACGCGCUCUUGGGUAUCGGCAUAGGAAUCAUGGAAGCGCCAUCUGUCACCUAUGUUGGUGAAGUAACUGAUCCAUCAAUCCGAGGAUUUCUUACAACACUGACAAAUGGUUUCACAUCAGCGGGAAUGUUCGUUGCGUACUUACUGGGCACUGUGUUACCAUGGAGACAGGCAGCACUUGUGUCGCUGUCUGUACCGUUAGCAACGAUGGCUCUUGUAUUAUUGGUACCUGAAACACCAAUUUGGCUGUUAUCAAAAGGUCGGCAAAAAGACGCGUUGAAUUCGCUAUGUCGUCUGAGAGGUUGGGUGAAGCCGGAAGAUGUUAAAGAAGAGUUUGAAGAACUUCUCAGAUAUAAUGAUCUCAAUAAACAAUGCGUAGUUUGCGUUAGAGAUGGAGAAAGUGAGACUGGCUCUUGUGAGCAUAUGAACUGCGGCAUUGUGGAGAGAAUAAUACUAAAGUUCAAACAUGUUUUCUUAGUUAAAGAGACCAUGAGACCAUUCACUUUAGUGAUGGCGUAUUUUCUAUUUCAUACUUUGAGCGGCCUCAUACCGGUUCGUCCUAAUCUGGUCAACUUUUGUAAGGCUCUCGGCAUGAAAUACGACGCUAAAACCUUCGUGGUCAUAGUAGGAGCCGUGCUUGUUUUAAUGAAUAUUUUAUCUGCGAUAAUAGUUAAGACGAUAGGGAAGAGAAAAUUAGUAGUCGGAUCACUCCUAGCCACAGCACUUUGCAGUUUGAGUAUCAGUGUAUACGCAAGUAUCAAGACUCCUAUAUCCGUGUUCUCUUAUGAAACAAGUACGUUCCCGGAGGCGAAAGAGAUGAUGCCAGUUGUAUUACUAAUGGCGCUAGUGUGCGUUACGACCUUAGGCAUUCCGUGGAUUUUGUUGUCUGAAGUGUUUCCAUUCAGAAGUCGAGGUAUGGCGACUGGAAUGGCAGCUGCAUGCAACUACGUCAUAGUGUUUCUUGCGACAAAAACCAAUUAUAAUCUAGAAGCUAGUUUCCAUAUCAGUGGUACAUUCGCUAUCUACGCCAUCCUUGCAUUUAUAGGAACUAUGUAUUUAUAUUUAUACUUACCGGAAACGGAAAACAAAUCAUUAGCGGAAAUAGAAGCGUAUUAUAAAGGAAAUCAAAAAAUAUUCGCAAACGACUGUCUCAUUAAUGCAUUUAGAAAGAAGAAUCAUACUAAUACCGAUGUGGUCAAACCUAUGCUAGUCAAUUAAAUUUAACAUAAUAAGUAAAUAAGUAUUUGUUAAUUUAACAUAAUCACUAAGGAAAAGUUUACUCAUUACGAGACAAAAAUGCUCAAAUUGUUACUGCCUUAAUUAGUUGUAUGAUAUAG